ACAGUCUUCCCUGCAGUUCAAGGCAGCUCUUUGAAGCAAUCUCCUGCCACUAUUGAUAUUCCUCUCAAAGAAUAUCCUAAAUGCGUUGGUGGAUCCAGAGUCCGGAGGCAUCUCGAGGAAAGCUUUGCCUGUGAACAGGAGUCACCUGGAGUUCAUGAACAGCAAGGAGGAGAGAUAACCACGGCAGCCCAGCAAAUAUACCACAGAAGAAAGGGAGGAGGAGACAAGCACCAUGUCAAAUGUCCUCCUGGAAAGCAUCUUCCUGAAACGCUCUCAGCAGAAGAAAAAGACCUCUCCGCUCAACUUCAAGAAGCGCUUCUUCCUGCUGACGGAGAGCAAGCUCUCCUAUUAUGAAUAUGACUUUGAGCGUGGGCGACGAGGAAGCAAGAAGGGUUCUGUGGAUAUUGAGAAGGUCACCUGUGUGGAAACUGUGACACCAGAGAGCAACCCUCCUCCAGAACGGCGGAUCCCAGAAAAAAAAGGAGAUGAUUUAAAUGAGCCGGAACAGAUCUCCAUUAUAGAGCGGUUCCCCUACCCUUUCCAGAUUGUGUAUGAUGAAGGACCUCUCUAUGUGUUCUCGCCAACUGAAGAAUUACGGAGCCGUUGGAUCCAGCAGUUAAAGAGUGUGAUUCGCUACAACAGCAACCUGGCACAGAAGUAUCACCCCUGCUUCUGGACUGAUGGGCAGUACCUCUGUUGCUUCCAGACCGCUAAAAUGGCCAUGGGUUGCCAAAUCGUGGGAGACAAGAGCAGAAGAGGUUCCAGAAAUGCCGGUUCUAUUCAAAAGGCCGACAAGCCUCUACCUCCAACUCCAGAGGAGAACCAGAUGAUGAAGAAGCAGCUUCCCCCAACGCCAGCAGCCAACACUCUGUCUAAGACAAGGAGAGUUGUGGCUCUCUAUGACUACACCCCCAUGAAUGAGCAGGAUCUGCAGCUGCAGAAAGGCGAAGAGUACCUGGUCCUUGAGGAGAGCAAUGAGUCUUGGUGGAGAGCCCAAGACCAAGCGGGGAAACAAGGUUAUAUUCCUAGCAACUACGUCACUGAAGCAAGAGAUUCACUGGAAAUAUUUGAGUGGUAUUCGAAAAACAUCACCAGAAGGCAAGCAGAGCAGCUGCUAAAGCAAGAGGGCAAAGAUGGUGGCUUCAUUGUCCGAGAUUCCACCAGGAACACGGGGAAAUAUACUGUCUCUGUAUUUGCCAAAUCAUCUGGGGAACCCCAAGGGACCAUCCGCCAUUAUGUGGUUUGCUCCACACCCCAGAACCAGUAUUUCCUGGCAGAAAAGCACCUCUUCAGCACCAUCCCAGAGCUCAUCAACUACCAUCAACACAACUCAGCAGGGCUUAUAUCCAGAUUGAAGUACCCUGUGUCAUUGCAACAAAAAACAGCUCCUUCCACAGCAGGACUUGGAUAUGGGGCAUGGGAGAUUGAUCCAAAGGACCUGACCUUCCUAAAAGAGCUUGGGACCGGGCAGUUUGGUGUCGUGAAGCAUGGGAAAUGGAGAGGUCAGCACGACGUGGCGGUCAAAAUGAUCAAGGAAGGCUCCAUGUCAGAAGAUGCAUUUAUCGACGAAGCCAAAGUCAUGAUGAACCUCUCUCAUGAAAAACUUGUGCAGCUGUUUGGGGUCUGCACCAAGGAGAGACCUAUCCUGAUUGUCACAGAAUACCUCUCCAAAGGGUGCCUUUUGAACUAUCUACGAGACAGUCGACAGUCCUUCCAAGCCACUGACCUUCUAGAGAUGUGCAAGGAUGUCUGUGAGGCCAUGGAGUACUUGGAGUCCAAGCAGUUCCUGCACAGGGACCUGGCUGCCCGCAAUUGCUUGGUCAAUGAACAAGGUGUUGUCAAAGUCUCUGAUUUUGGUCUCUCCAGGUAUGUCUUGGAUGAUGAUUAUAUUAGCUCCAUGGGAUCCAAGUUUCCAGUGCGUUGGUCCCCUCCAGAGGUCCUUCUCUACAGCAAGUUCAGUAGCAAAUCAGAUGUCUGGGCUUUUGGUGUCCUGAUGUGGGAGCUCUACAGCUUGGGAAAGAUGCCCUAUGAGCGGUUCAGCAACAGCGAGACAACGGACCACGUGACCAAAGGUCUGCGUCUCUACCGUCCUCAGUUGGCUUCGGACAGAGUCUACAGCAUCAUGUAUAGCUGCUGGCAUGAGAAACCGGAGGAGCGCCCCACCUUCCACGUUCUCCUGGGUCACAUCGUGGAUUUGACCAAUGAAGACCCUUGACAUGGUACUCCUUUUGCUGCUGUUCAUUUGUGCCAUCUUUGCUUGAUAAAUUUCUGAAUGGACAUAGGAUGGAUCAAUCUGCAAGGAGACCAUCAUGGCAGACAUUGCUGGAUCCACAGGAAAUUUUCUUAUCUCUUCGCUUCCAUGUAACAAGUGGCUUGUAUAUAAAAUUCUCGACGAACAACCACCCUUCUGAGGGCAAAAAACUGGUUAGACGCCUUUUCCCUUAAAAGUCUUAUGUCAUGGCCUGUGGCUAGUACAAUAAACACUUUCUUAC